AGCCAUUGGCCCAGCAGCGAUCGGCGCAGUGCGGCUGCUCGAUGUACGCACAGGCUCGCGGUCAGCAGGACAUGCAGCAGCCGUACGGAUCUCUGCCCGGCAGCUUCCCGCCGCCUCAGGGCACCUUCGCUGCGAUGCAGCAGGGCUACUUGGGCCAAGGCCUCCAGUCAGGACAAAGUGCAGGGACCUACGGAGGCCCAGCAGGCGUUCCUCCAGGCGCAGCGGGACCAUGUCAUCCGGCGUUUGCAGCCAACUUUGGCGGGAAUGGUGGAGGCUAUCGUGGAGUUCAACCGGGCUUUGCCCCAGGUGGUUUCUACGGCCACGGGGCGCAGCAGGUUUUGGCCAAGAAGGGCCUCCUCGCCCCACCUAAACGUAGCCGCCAGAAGCAAGCUUGGUGCUGCUGAAAUGUCGCCUAGGCGAGGGGCGAAGGGCGAAAACCUCAGCGGCCAGAAGAGGUUUCCGUGGCAACACGACUCUUGUGAGCGCGGUCUCAGGGCCGCAAGGCCCAGGCAAGACUUCGCUUGAGAUGUUUUCCUGAUUUGCGCCGGGUGGAAAGGCCCUCGUGGCAAGCCGUUUGGGCGUCUUCUCAAGAAGAGUUCAACAAAGUUGGGGCUUCACCUCUGGUUGUCACGGUCUCAGGAUCCCCGUGUUUGCAGAAUGGCUCAGAAUGGGCACCGGCUCACUUUUCCCGACAGAGUGAUGGCAGACAGCCUUCUUCACUGGCAGUUGUAUUCGACCCCGGAUUAAUAAACCUGGCGGAUUCACCGGGAUCCCCGAACGGGAUCGACACCUUACAAUCAGCCAGGAGCUUGUUAAUCCUGGGUUGCCAUGAGGUUGAGCCGCGCAUGUCAUGUCUCGGCGACUGACAGUUCAGAGUCGCUGUGCUGAAAUGCGACCGUGGCAUUUGCUGGGCUCCUUUUUUUGCGUGCCAUUGCGGUUUUUGGACUGGGGCAGAUGAUUCGGGCAAGCCCGAAAUGCCCCGGCCCUUUUUGCGGAGGCCGGAUCCGGGACGAAGCGCGGCCGUUUGAACCAGGUAAGACCGUGUCGCCCGUGAAUUCGGUGUUGUGCAGGACCCAUCUAUUGCCGCAUGGACGGCGGGCUGCCCAUUGCGUCUUCAAAGCUUGCCCUGCGCUCUUCUUCGGAUCCGAUAGCGCUGAUAGCGCUUACUUCUGUUCAGAAGCAGUUCACUUCGUUUUGCAGGCUCGGGACGUGCACACUCGCGCACAGAAAGACUGGGCUGUCUA